UCUCAACAAGGAAAUGAAAGAUGUCGAUUGUUUUUGUGCCUAAAAGACUUUGCGGCAAGGCUAAAAUCAACCAAGAAACUAUUCAAAGGCUUUUAGACGAAAACGACCAAUUAAUAAGAUGUAUCGCCGAAUACAUGAAGAAGGGGCAAGCUGUGGAAUGUGUCAAAUAUCAACAAUUCCUGGAUCAGAAUAUCAUUGCUGAUGUAAGCCCUGUUGACAACACGUCACAGUCUUUAACAUGA